GUCUCGUGUACAGUCCAUACUUAAAACUCACUUUAUACGGAUUUUAGUUUUUUUACUUUAUUAUUGUUCGUUGGUUCAUAAUGUUUCAGUCGAAUUAUCUGCUGGGGUUGCUUUUUUUUAUUUGCGCUGUUCAUGCAACUCCAGUGAUUACCAACUCUGAUGAAAAUUUGAACAGCCAAAAUGAUGACUUGGUAUAUGUAUUUAAUAUAUAUGCCGUUAGAAAUAUGAAGACGCAUGAAGUAGCUAAAAUAAUUAAUCAGAAGCCGAUAGAAAAAGUUUCUACGAAAUUUGAUUCAAUAGGAACAUUUUUGAUUGCUGACCCGGAUGGUGGUGAGCCAUUCACUUUAGAAGAAUUCGGUGAAUUUUUAGAAGACUGGGGCGCAACAGUUGAAAAAUUAAACGACGGUAAAGAAGCAUCUGUAAUAGAAGUUAAAUUCGACCAGUGGGAUGACUAUGACGAGAUAUUAGAUAUCGAGGAACUGAUGAGAGUUCUCCGUGCAGAGGGGAUUGUUAUGAAAAUAACUCAAGAGAAAGACGCAAUUAUUUUUGAAAUUGAAUUUGAUGAGACGAUCAAGGAUCCGGAGGAUCAGCCGUUUACGCUCAAGGAGCUCGCUGAGUUUUUCCGAGACGAAGGAUUAGAUGUCGAGGCAGUCGGGUAUGACGGUGUCAUUAAGACUGUGAGGAUGAAGUUCGACCUUCCCGAGCAGGCGACAGAACAAGAUGAUUACGGAGUGACGGAGAAAACUGAUCGGCAACUAGUUACGCCUAAAGUUGUCGAUGACAAUGACGGAGUUAUGCAGAGAAAAGACCACAAAAUUAAUGUAAUUGACAAUUCAAUGGACAAUGCUAUUGAACGUAAUUUCGAUAAAAAAUUAGAAAGAAAAGACGAGCACUUUGAUGAUAAAUUUAAUGUCAUUAAUUUUAUAACGAGAGCCAGAAAACGGCGGUCGGCUGGUUGCGGCACCGCCGAAUGCCGAGUUGGCAAUUUAAUUAAAGAAAUUGUCAACAAAUAUGAACAUGUCAAUUAAUUGUUUUAAUUGACAUCAUUUGUUAUUAUAUAUAAUAAUAUAUGUUGUUUCAAGUCGGUAAAUUAUUUUUUAAAUAUUUUUCCUAUGUACGUUUUCUUUGAAUUUCAUUUUUAUUUGUAGAUGAAUAUGUAUGUAUAUAAAUAAUAUUAAGAUUUAAUAAUAAUCAAA